CAAGCCGAGAGGGCGCCCUUGAGGGGGCCGUAGCAGCAGCAUCAUGGCCUGGGCCGCCUCUGCGACCAGCCUGGCAGACGAGGUCACCUGCCCCAUCUGCCAAGGCACCCUGAGGGAGCCGGUCACCAUCGACUGUGGCCACAACUUCUGUCGCAGCUGCCUCACCCGCUACUGCGAGAUCCCAGGCCCAGACCUGGGGGAGCCCCCUAACUGCCCUCUCUGCAAGGACCCCUUCCACCCCGGCAGCCUCCGGCCCAACUGGCAGCUGGCCAACGUGGUGGAGAACAUCGAGCGGCUCCAGCUGGUGUCCGCGCUGGGCUCAGAAGAGGAGGGCGUCUGCCAGGAGCACGGAGAGAAGAUCUACUACUUCUGCGAGGACGACGAGAUGCAGCUGUGCGUGGAGUGCCGGGAGGCCGGGGCGCACAGGGCGCACACCCUGCGCUUCCUGCAGGACGCGGCGGCCCCCUACAGGGAGCAAAUAGAAAAAUGUCUCAAGUGUCUAAGAAAAGAGAGAGAGGAGAUUCAAGAAAUCCAGUCAAGGGAAAAGAAGAGAAUACAAGUCCUGCUGACUCAGGUGUCCACCAAGAGACAACAGGUGAUAUCCGAGUUUGCACGUCUGACCCAGUUCCUGGAGGACCAGCAGAGCAUCCUCUUAGCGCAACUGGAGAGCCUGGAUGGGGACAUCUUGAAGCAACAGGAUGAGUUUGAUUCCCUGGUCGCUGGGGAGAUCUGCCGGUUUAGUGCUCUGAUUGAAGAGCUGGAGGAGAAGAAGGAGAGGCCAGCAGGAGAGCUCUUGACGGAUAUCAGAAGCACUCUAAUAAGAUGUGAACGCAGAAAGUGCCGGAAACCCGCGGCUGUGUCCCCGGAGCUGGGCCAGAGGAUUCGGGACCUCCCGAAACAGGCUCUCCCGCUGCAGAGGGAGGUGAAGCUGUUUCUGGAAAAGCUCUGCUUUGAGCUGGACUAUGAGCCAGCUCACAUCUCUCUAGACCCCCAGACUUCCCACCCCAAGCUCCUCCUGUCUGAGGACCACCAGCGUGCCCAGUUCUCGUACAAGUGGCAGAACUCACCAGACAGCCCCCAGCGUUUUGACCGGGCCACCUGUGUCCUGGCCCACAAUGGCUUCUCGGAGGGCAGACACACGUGGGUGUGGAUGGCCGGGCACCUGGGGACUCGGGGCCGCUGCCUGCUCUCCUCACCACCAUCCCCACCGAGCACAGAAGUAGCUGUGCACAGGACAGAGCACUGGAUUUAGAGCUAGAAGACCUGGGUUCUAGAA